AUGCUUAAGCCUAAUUAUAUCAGGCAUCCCGACGAGUUCUUUUUCCCAACUCUCGCUUACAACAGCCAUCUUCACCUGCCUGGAGCUUGUCUGCAUAGCCCAGCACCCAGGUCAGAGGUGGACUACAACUACCUGGGAAAGUUGGUCAUUUGGGAUUACUACAAUAUGACCUGUUCUACCAAGUACGUUCGAGAUGUCUGCAUUCUCGGAAUGGAUCAGGUGUCGUUGUUGCAGGAAGCGCCACACAUUUCUGCCAACAAGUUCCAUGCUGACUACCAACCAGAGGCUUACGAUGAGAUGGAGCGAUGGUACUUCCGACGAGUCGAAGCUGAAAUGAAAUCAGGCUCCUAUGACAGGAGGACGUUUGAUCCAAAAGUUUACGCUAAUCGUUUGUGUUCACGACAUCACAUCUAG